AUCCUAUUCAACCUAAUGUUAAGGAAAACAGCCGCUCAGAGAGUUUAGGGAGUGAAGGGAUAGAUGGAAAACAACGCAUUCCACACACACUUCCAUUUUUUUCAAACGUGAUUUCAGUCACCGUAAAAUCAAUUCUCUGUCACUUUGCCAAACAUUCUCUAAAAGGAGGAAAAUCACGCUUGGGUCUUGCUCUCGCAGUCCGAACCAAACAUACGCUGAAUAGAUCUGUAAUGUCAACUGUUCCUUUAAGCAAUGGUGUUCGUGGUUUACCUGUUUGGGUGUGGCAACAAACCAUCAAAAAGCAUGAAGGCGAUGGAUAUGGAGUUAUCGAAUUUCCUGAGUUUGUUGCUAUGCAUUUUUUGACGAAGGAACCCAGACCAAUAACAUUGAUUGAUGAAGAAAAUUCACAGUCUUAUGAAUGUCAGAUUGAGAUUGUUAAUGAUGGAAGCAACAACAAAUAUAUUGUAAAAGGUUGGUUCAAAUAUUUGGAAGAAGUUGGAUUGGAUGAUGGGGAGAGGGUGUUGAUUCAGGUUGAAAAGCCCCCAAACAAGAUGUAUGUUUAUAGGUUGAUUGGGUUAUAUUGAUUAGGAAAUUGUUGUUGUGUAUUGUUUGUUUUAUUUGUUGAAAAAAUGUCAAAUUUGUAAUGGUAUUGUCGAAUUUAUGAUAUAAUGUGUACUGUGUUAGAGUUUGAAGUUUGGUUGAAAUGAACAAGAACUUUGAUGAA